CGCGUGCUAUUGUUUCAGACGCUUCACCAUGUCACAAUUCUUUAGCUACCUCCUCAUCCUCUCCUUCUUCUUCUUCAUCAACUCCUUAGGCACCAAUUCUACUCCUUUAUGCCAAUCACACUACUGCGGUAGCGUUAUCAUCAGGUACCCUUUUUGGGUUCAUAAUGAAAGCGCCUCCGAUCAGCUAUAUUGUGGCUACAAGGGGUUUGGCGUUAUGUGCAAGAACGACGAGGCCGUACUUGAAUUAUCCGGUGACCGCUACUACGUGAAAGAUAUAAAUUAUGCCGACUAUACCCUAACCCUUGUGAAUAUUGAUGUCUCCAACCAAAUGUGCCCAAGGGCACGUCAUAGCGUUUCUCUAGAGACGCUACCAUUGAAAUAUUCUUCAAUGGAUUUGAAUCUCAUUUUUUACUUUAAUUGCACUUCCGACCCUCCAAUAACUGUGCCUUACAUCCGGUGCUUAAAUAUUAAUGGUAGAAACCGGUCUUACGUUUUUGUGGAGAAUCAUGAGAUGGAGGGCUUUGAUUGGUCAAAGAAUUGCGAGGAGACAGUGGUGGUGGCUGUGACACAGAGUCAGAUCAAUGAGGGCAAUUUAACUGGUGGGUUUGGUGCGGCUAUGAAUGAUGGCUUCGUGCUUGAUUGGGAAAGAGUUAAGGAUUGUGGUACAUGUGAGAGCUCUGAAGGGUAUUGUGGAUACAACGCUACGGCUGAGGAGUUCUUGUGCUUUUGCAACGAUGGAAGCACACAUAGUAACAGCUGCAAAGAACAUAGCAGGAGCAUGAAUACAAGGUUGAUUGCAGGUCUUGGUGCUUUAGGGCUUGGAGUGUUACUUACCAGUAUCACAAUUUGUUGUCUUGGAAGUAAGAGAUCAACUACGUCAACACCAUUUUUUAUGAAGAAAACAAAGAAUGAACAUGAUCUUGAGGCAUUUGUUAAAAAUUACGGACCACUAUUGCUAAACAGAUAUAAAUUCUCAGAUGUCAAGAAAUUCACCAAUUCAUUUAAGGUUAAACUGGGUCAAGGAGGCUAUGGUGGUGUCUACAAAGGAGAGCUACUCAAUGGUCGUCUCGUAGCUGUGAAGGUCCUGAAUGCAUCAAAAGGAAAUGGAGAUGAAUUUAUCAAUGAAGUUUCAAGCAUUAGUAGAACUUCCCAUGUUAAUAUUGUCACACUUCUUGGGUUUUGUCUCGAAGGUCAAAAAAGAGCUCUCAUUUAUGAGUUUAUGCCAAAUGGAUCACUUGAAAAGUUUAUACAUGGUGACAACAUGGAGACAACCACUAUGCCGUUAGGAUUGGAAAAAUUGUUCCAAAUUGCAAUUGGUAUUGCUCGGGGCCUUGAGUACUUGCACCGUGGUUGCAAUACUAGAAUCUUGCAUUUUGACAUAAAACCACAUAACAUUCUUCUGGAUGAAAAUUUUUCCCCAAAGAUCUCUGAUUUUGGACUUGCUAAACUUUCUCCAAGGAAUGAGAGUAGCAUAUCAAUGGCAGUAGCCAGAGGGACAAUAGGGUAUAUAGCUCCUGAAGUGUUCAGUAGAAACUUUGGAGUAGUUUCACACAAAUCUGAUGUCUAUAGCUAUGGAAUGAUGAUUUUGGAGAUGGUUGGAGGAAGAAAGAACAUUGAUGUUCGAAUAAGUAAUACCAGUGAGAUAUAUUUUCCUCAUUGGAUUUAUAAGCGUCUUGAGAAGCACAAUGAUUUAGGAUUUCCCAUUAAUAUGACUAUAGAGGAAACGGCAAUGGUGAGAAAGAUGAUCUUAGUGGGUUUGUGGUGCAUACAGACAAAUCCAUCUGAUAGGCCAUCCAUGAGUAAAGUAAUUGAAAUGUUAGAAGGAAACCUAGAAGCAUUGCAAAUCCCUCCAAAACCUUUCUUAUCAUCACCUCCAAGAUCUCCUGCAGAAGAAUCCUCCACCACAUAUUAGUACAAUGUAAUAAUACCUCUAGAUACAUUUUUUUCUUGAUAACUUCUUUAUUAUUAUCUUACAUUUAAUUUAAGGAUUGGGCUC